CAUUGCAGGCGGCGGCCGUGGUGCGGCAGCCUGCGCGCGCAGCCCUGCCGACGGCGACGUUGUUGCCGCGCGGCGCGAGUCGUCCCGCCGUCAACCAAUAGCCCGACAGAACUCGGCACGAACGCGCGCCGCCGCCUCCCUAUUGACGCGCAAACGUGAUACCCCUCUACGGGUGAUACCCCGACCCUCAACAGUACCGCACAUUUUGUUUGUGAACAAUAUAAUACAGGAAUAAUCACUAAAGAAGCUAGAAAUCAGAGCGCCGAUCUAAUACAAUUUACAUAUCAGUGACUGAAAUAGCAGAAGCGUACAAUCAUAUGUCAUAAGAAUCAUGGCGAUAAUGGACGCAAGGGGGCGGAUACCACAUCUAUAGGCAUGGCAGACUGUAGUAUAGAGAGUGGCGGUUAAAGCAGCGGGCAGAAUGUGGGCGCGAGUGUCCCGGGCGCUGCGGCGCGUGGCGCUGCUGCUGCCGCUGGCGCUGACGGCGCUGGCGCUGAUGCUGCUGCCGCGCCCGCCGCCCAUCACACAUGCCCGCGUGCCCUCCGCACCCGCUCAGCCGUCGCCGUUGCGCGAGGAAGCUCAUCUCCAGAACGCGCUAAAUGAAAUCGCGGAAAGCGAGGAUGUCGCCGCGGCUGCGGACGACGCGUCGGACGUCGCUCACCGGCCGUGGUUCAUGAAGGGCGGCGAGCAGCGCCCGUGGCAGACCGACCCGCACAACACCAGGCUGUUCCCCGAGGAUGCGCCGGGCGAAGACAGGAUGGUCGAGCAGCUCAUGUACACCCUGCCAAAAGACGAGGAGGUGCCGAUAAAGAAGAUCCUGCUGGCAAACGGGCUGGGCGCGUGGGGCGUGCCGAGCGGGCGCACGGAGUUCCUGCGCAACAAGUGCCCGGUGGACCGCUGCACGCUGUCCGCGGACGCGCGCGACGCCGCCUCCGCGGACGCCAUCCUUUUCAAGGACCACCACACGCCGUUCAACGUCAAGCGCCCGCUCAAUCAGAUCUGGAUCCUCUACUACCUGGAGUGCCCGUACCACACGGCGUCGCUGCGGCCGGGCUCCACGGACGUGUUCAACUGGACGGCCACCUACCGGCGCGACUCCGACAUCGUCACGCCCUACGAGCGCUGGGUCUACCACGACCCGCUCAUCACCGAGAACAAGAUGGAGAGGAACUACGCCGCCAAUAAGACUAAAAAGGUGGCGUGGUUCGUGUCGAACUGCCACGCGCGCAACCGGCGGCUGCAGUACGCGCGGCAGCUGGCCAAGCACAUCUCCGUGGACAUCUACGGCGCCUGCGGCUUUCACCACUGCCCGCGCGCCGACCCCAACUGCCUCGAGAUGCUCGACCGCGACUACAAGUUCUACCUCGCCUUCGAGAACUCCAACUGCCGAGAUUACAUCACUGAGAAGUUCUUUGUUAAUGGAUUGCAGCACGACGUGUUGCCGAUAGUGAUGGGCGCCCGGCCGGCGGAGUACGCGGCGGCCGCGCCGCACAACUCGUACGUGCACGUGGAGGAGUUCGGCGCGCCGCAGGAGCUCGCCGCCUACCUCGACCGCCUCGACAAGGACGACGCGCUCUACAACUCCUACUUCAAGUGGAAGGGCACGGGCGAGUUCAUCAACACGUACUUCUUCUGCCGCGUGUGCGCCAUGCUGCACGCGAGCGAGCGUCGGCAGCGCGUGGCGCAGCGCGCGGACGUGCAGGCGUGGUGGCGCGACGGCGCCUGCACGCGCAACGAGUGGCGCGCCGCCUCCACCGAGUACUCCGACACGCAGGACAAGGGCUAGUCGCCGCCGCCGCCUGGGCCACGCCGGCUGGCUCAAGGCUUAUAUAUGUUUCACGAGCGUCCGAGUGAUCGGUCCGAGUAACCGUUCCUCGUAGAGUCGUCCCGGGGGGCGCCCCGAUAAUUAUGUCUUUACCCGAGUGCUUUGUCUACAUUCGUACGAAAGAGCGAUAGAUAUAGCUUCAUUUAUACGGCGUGAAAACUUGCAUACAAUAUUCGUAGCAUUGCUAUCUACGUAAUACCUGCAAUUAAUUCAGCCCUAAUACCUAAUCCCACUAAAUGGAAAAUGGAGGUUAUCUAAGGCAUUUUUCCUUCCGACACCCUUCACUCUAUUUGUACGAGCGUUGAAAAGGCACGCACCCCGUGCGAAUUCGGGUGUAACGCGCGUGUUAGGUUCGAAUCGAUUGAAACAUCUAUCACCGGACCUCACUCUGUGCAGUGUAUUUGGUUAGUUUCUACCAGAUCCACCGAUUUAGUUAUGCUGGUGUUAAUGUUUCUAGGAUGCAUUGGGAGUUCUAGUAUGCAUCGCUUUACUGAUAUCAAAAAGACAUAAUAUUUGUGCUCACACGUCCAUUACUAGUAAUAGAUAUGAUAAGUUAUGUACGACCUCACUGUUAUUCAUAAGUAUGUAGACACUUAAUAGCAAAUGUCACAUUUGGUCACACAGAAAAUUGGCACCCAACGUGGGACCGACGUCAAAACCUGACGAUAGACAAUAAAUUAAAAAAAAUGAACAGUGAAGUUUUCGCGUUGUGAUCGAUACGCCACAACGAUAGCCAGUCCAAUAGAACACAAAACCUAAAUAGCCGCAUAAGUGCAGUACAAAUUCGCACAAACUUACCAUUAAACCAUUGCUUGUUAGUUUAGUUGAAUAUAUAUCUGUACUUAAAUAUUUUUUAUUAUAUUAUUGUUUUAUUUUUGUAGUUUAAGUAUACCUACCAUAUUCUGAGGUAAUGCUACUAAACUAGCACAAAGUAUCUAAUUGAUGGAAUCUUUUACAACCGCACAAUAUGCCGUAUACAUUUCGUUGUUUUAAGUUAUUUUUACUUUAGGCGUCUGUAAUUUUAAUCAAAUUUGAAAGUUACUGUUGAUUGUUUAAUUGUAUAAUCUAUAAGAUUAAGAUAAUGAGAUAUAUGAUAGGUAUGUGUACCUAAAUUGGAUUAAACCUACUGAAAUAUACGAAUUAUCGUUACGAGCUUCAUUUGGAGACAAACAAUGUAAGACUUAGAAAAUGCUAGUGUAGGAUAUAAUUUAAAACAUAAUGUACCUAGUGUACUAACCGUUGUCCUCACAACACCACCUAUUUUGUAACUUAUGUGAACGUACGUAAAUAUUAUUGUUUUGCCAUUUGUAGCACAAAUACGAAUAAUUAUAUUAAAUUAUACAUAGGUAGAUAUGUGUCUUUGUUAUUAUUUGUAUAAAAGCAAUCAAACUUGUUGUUAAUUAUUUUAACGCACUAAAAUGUAAAUAUUAUCUAUGUUAUUUCUCUAAAGUUGCGUUUUUGGGUUGGUUUUGUAUUAAUUAGAAUAAUUUUCACGCCUUGUACGAGUCUAUAAAAAUGUUAUUUAUUUACCAAGAUAUAAUUUUUUUUAUAACUUUACUUAAGUACUUAUGGAAUUAUAAACGACCUAGUGAAAAGCGGCUAAAGUUGUUAAUAAAUGCCAUAGAGACGCAAGUACGUGCACUCUGUUAAAACUUUUUAUAUCGUGAAGUACGACAUACUAAUUGUAAUUAUUGUAAUGUUCUACUUCCAAAGUGCACCACUAGCACUAAAAAUAUCUAUGCUAUAAACAGUUUUAUGAAGAGUUCUUUUUCCCGGACUCACAAUCUUUUUGAAAUAUUUGUGAAAUUGUUUUAAGCCAGUUUGCUUGCUUUUUUUAUUUUUUUAUUCUAGUGAAGCCGAGUUUUGCAUAAUAUUCCUAUUUUUACGACGGCAAUGGCAGAUCAGAUGCUUACUAAAAACGUAGGUAUAAUUUAUUUGUUUAUAUUCUAAAUGUAACUAGCAAGCCUUCUCAGAGAUCAUAGGGACAACGCCGUCCUCAAAACGUAGGAGGUAAAUUUAAAAUUUAUUAUUUAUAUGUCUUUAGUGAUUUUUUUACGCCAGUGUUAUACCUAUCUAGGUUGUAUUAUGUGCAUUUACGCAUUUACGCAAUCUAUCUAUACUAAGUAUUUGAUUUUACUGUUAUGUUAGAGAAUUAUUAUUUUUAUAUAUGUUCGGCCCAGUAACCCGCCAGAUAUUGAAGGUAUCUUGACCGCAUUCAGAACCGCUUGAGCUGACAGAUCUGUCAGUUCAAACUGACAGGUUGAAAGAAAGAAGAAAGAAAGAAAGAAAAGACAUUUUCCCCUUACUAGCUCGGAAACACGUGUUUUGUCCUU